AUGACUGGAGACCGAACGACCUAUGGAAAUAUAUUGAUUAUGAUCAAAUGUUGGAGCAAGAGGCUAAGCGUAGAUGGAAAUAAUCAGUACGACCAUGAGACAUGUCACGAGAAAUCUUGUCGGGUCGCGGACUCGUGCUUGAACCAGACUCAGGACUGCUUGCGAGACUGUGUGUGCGAGAACCCCGCCGAUUACAAGUGGACUGUCAAGCUAAUGCUCUUCGUCUACCUCAUCAUCGGGAACAUCAUGUUACUCAACUUACUCAUCGCUAUUUUCACGCAUGUAUUCGACGAGGUCCAUGAGAACAGCAUGGAGAUCUGGAAGUUCGAGAUGUACCGCCUGAUUCGUGAAUAUGAGAAGAAACCUGUUUUGGUAAUACCCCUUGUGUUAGUGCAGCAUUUCUGGCAGUUCUUUAAGGCUGUGGGGAGAGCUUGUUGUGCUGCUAAGGCCGAAGAAGAGUCGACUGAAUACGAGAGCGACGCUAUGGUAACACUGAGGCUGAUCGAGAAGGAGGCAACACAGGCUUUCCUGGCGAGGAUCCAUGCGGCUGAGGAGAACAGCCUUCAGGCGCGCGUGAAGAGGAUGAGCGACAAAAUUGACAGAGUAACAAAGUACAUUGACCAGAAAAUGGGGAUGAAAGAAAACGGGAAGUCAGAAGAACUACAGGAAAUGCAGAAAAACAAGGAUGGCAAAACCGAACGUCUUCCUGUGGUGUCUCCGCGCAGGAAGAUCACUCUUCUGCCCCCGAUGAAAGAUUCUUCUCAAAAACAGAAGCAGCAGGAAGGAAAGAAUUGCAAAAACGAUGAUGAUGACGGUGACGUCGAUGAGGACGAAAUUUCGGAUAACGAGAUCGAGUCUGAACUGGCUCAUCUCUUUGAUAGGCGAAGCAAUUGUGGCUGCCUGCAACAGCGUGGUCGCGGCAGGCCAGCACACGUAAGCAGUCUUCAUGUCGUCCCUCACGUCACAAAGGUCAUUCCACUCAGAAAAUGUACGGGGAAGCGUCCUUGCAUGCUUCCCGUGGCACGGUGUCCCCGCACCGCCGCUCUCGCCGUCGCCGGACUCGCUUAA